AUUAACUUUCAUACAAUGAAAAACUCAUCGACUCCGUUUAACAAGCAAUUUCGUGUUUUUCUAUUUUUUCUUGUGUUGUUUUUCUCUGUUGUUGUAGCGCAAGAGCUUCUUUUCAAUGGAGAUGUUUCCAAGAAAUGUAAGGAGGGAUCAAGAUCCAGUCACCUUUGUUCUUGGGCUAGAGAUAAAAUUGUUGCGGAUGACAAUUUUGCUCCAUCCAUUCUGCGACAAUCAACCUUGAAUUCGCAAGUAGGUAGAACAUCUGUUCGAGUGUAUACUAAGCCUGCAUAUGUAUACUCACCUACAGAACCUUUAUUGUCUAUCUACGAGACUUCUUCAAGUCCACAGAGAAAACCUCCUAAGGUACCUCAAUAUCCUUAUCAAACAUAUAGGCCCUUUCAUACAGUGUCUUAUGAAAAUUAUCAUCAACCAAAGGUCUAUAGGAGAUCACUAUUGAAACAUCUACCAAGUUCAGCGUAUGACCAACCUCCUUCUGCAUCCCCACCACCUGUUCAAACACCUCCUACUUACCAGCCACCACCGUCCACACCCGCUCCAGUCUACAAACCUCCACCAAGUCCAGUGCCUCCUUCACCAAGUCCACCACCGCCUCAUAUAUACAAGCCUCCACCAAGCCCACCACCUACUCAUGUUUAUAAACCUCCAUCAAGUCCACCGCCUCCUCCACCAAGUCCACCCCCGCCUCCUCCUGUAUACAAACCUCCACCAAGUUCACCGCCUCCACCUCCACCAAGUCCACCGCCUUCUCCAUCAAGUCCACCACCGCCUCCUCCUGUUUAUAAACCUCCACCAAGUUCACCGCCUCCACCUCCACCAAGUCCACCGCCUCCUCCACCAAGUCCACCCCCGCCUCCUCCUGUAUACAAACCUCCUCCAAGUCCACCGCCUCCUCCACCAAGUCCAUCACCGCCUCCUGUUUAUAAACCUCCACCAAGUUCACCGCCUCCACCUCCACCAAGUCCACCACCGGCUCCUCCUGUUUACAAACCUCCACCAAGUUCACCUCCUCCACCUCCACCAAGUCCACCGCCUCCUCCACCAAGUCCACCCCCGCCUCCUCCUGUAUACAAACCUCCACCAAGUCCUCCGCCUCCUCCACCAAGUCCAUCACCGCCUCCUGUUUACAAACCUCCACCAAGUUCACCGCCUCCACCUCCACCAAGUCCACCACCGCCUCCUCCUGUUUACAAACCUCCACCAAGUUCACCGCCUCCACCUCCACCAAGUCCACCGCCUCCUCCACCAAGUCCACCCCCGCCUCCUCCUGUAUACAAACCUCCACCAAGUUCACCGCCUCCACCUCCACCAAGUCCACCGUCUCCUCCAUCAAGUCCACCACCGUCUCCUCCAGUUUAUAAACCUCCACCAAGUUCACCGCCUCCACCUCCACCAAGUCCACCGCCUCCUCCACCAAGUCCACCCCCACUUCCUCCUGUAUACAAACCUCCACCAAGUUCACCACCUCCACCUCCACCAAGUCCACCGUCUCCUCCAUCAAGUCCACCACCGUCUCCUCCAGUUUAUAAACCUCCACCAAGUCCACCCCAAAGCUCACCAGGGUAUGGAAAUCCUCCACCUUUUGGUCGCUAUUAAAUGAAUAAUAAAACCACUUGUAACAGUUGGAGUUGUUUCAAUUGUAUUACGUAUGUUUCUAAAAAUAAUCUUGUGAUAUAAAGUGGAAUAAUCCAACUCCAUUUGUUUUUAUCCGUUUGUUCCUCCUAUUAACUUGUUCCUACUUUGUUUAAUGAAAUUUCAUACAGCCUUUGAGUUUUGUUA